UUUAUCAAACACAAACUAAGAAAGAUAACAGAAACAAGAAUGGAUUUAACACAAGUACUACACAUGAAUGGAGACGUGGAAGAAGCAAGCUAUGCAGACAACUCCUUAAUUCAGAGAGAGGCCAUUUCUUUGGCAAAAUCUUCAAGAGUUAAAGCAAUAACAAAUCUAUAUUGCAGCUUGUGCCCUAGAAGUUUCGCUAUUGCAGAUUUGGGUUGUUCUUCGGGACCAAACACUUUGUUGGUGACCUCAGAAAUUAUUAAGGUUGUUGAAAAACUUUGUCAAGAGUUGAAUCAUCAAUCUCCAGAAUAUAAGGUUUUUUUGAACGAUUUAUCAGGAAAUGACUUCAACAGCAUAUUCAAAUCUCUGGACACAUUCAAAGAAAAACUACGCGAUGAAAUAAAAACUGAAAUAGGUCCUUGCUACUUCUCUGGUGUUCCAGGUUCCUUUUAUGGUAGAAUUUUUCCCAACGAGAGUUUGCAUUUUGUCCAUUCUUCAUAUAGCCUUCAUUGGUUAUCUAAGGUCCCUCGAGGUGUAGAUAAUAAUAAAGGCAAUAUUUAUAUCACGAACACGAGCCCAUCAAAUGUUCUCGAGGCUUAUUACGAGCAAUUUCAUAUAGAUUUCUCUCUUUUUCUCAAGUGUCGUGCUCAAGAAAUAGUUGAAGGAGGUUUCAUGAUUCUAACACUUUUAGGAAGAGAAAAUGAAAAUCUAUUAAGCAAAGGGUCUUCUUACGGUUGGGAACUCUUGUCUAAAGCUAUUAAUGAUAUGGUCAUACAGGGAAUUAUUGAAGAAGAGAAACUCAAUACAUUUAACAUUCCAAACUACUAUCCAUCUCCAUCUGAAGUGAAAUUGGAAGUUCUGAGUGAAGGAUCAUUUUCCAUCAAUCAAUUGGAAGUUUCAGAAGUAAUUGGACAUGCUCUUGAAUCUGAUAUGUCUGAAUCAAUGGUAAAAAGCACGAGGGCGGUAUUUGAACCUCUGCUAAUUAGUCAUUUUGGUGAAAGUGUCACUAAAGAAGUAUUUGAGCGUUUUAGAAAAAUAUUAGCAGCUGGAAUAUCCAAAGAAAGAACUAGGAUCACAAAUCUUACCAUAACAUUGACCAGAAAACCCUGAGCAAAUCAUUUUGUUUUUGGUUAACAUUUUCUAAAUGAAUUUCAAAUUUGUCCGAGUUAUUUGGAACUCGCCAAAUAUUUAUAUUUUCUCUGAUAAGAUUAUGUCUAAUAAUAAGCAAGAUUUAUAGUUAAGACCUCAUGUUGUCUUUGUAUUGAGUUUUGGUUACCCUUUAUACUUUCCUAAACUUAUAUAUUUCAUUAGCCCUUAAAAUUUUUUUUUUUAAGCAAAGAAUAUAUAUAAGGGGAAUUAAGGGUUCUCCAACCUUUUUACACGGUAGCACAGGUAAAACACUCGACAAAAAAGAAAAUUACAUCCCAAUUAAUAUUAACAGAGAAAAAGCACGAGGGCGGUAUUUGAACCUCUGCUUAUUAGUCAUUUUGGUGAAAGUGUCACUAAAGAGAUAUUUGAGCGUUUUAGAAAAAUAUUGAAAGCUGGAAUAUCCAAAGAAAGAACUAAGAUCA